UAACAAAUGAAAUACAUCUUGGUAACGGGAGGUGUUAUCUCUGGGAUUGGGAAAGGGAUCAUUGCCAGCAGCAUUGGGACAAUUCUCAAAUCAUGUGGAUUGCACGUCACAUCCAUUAAAAUUGACCCAUACAUUAACAUUGAUGCAGGAACCUUUUCUCCUUAUGAGCACGGUGAGGUGUUUGUGUUGGACGAUGGAGGGGAAGUGGAUCUGGACCUUGGUAACUAUGAACGCUUUCUUGAUAUCCGUCUCACCAAAGACAACAAUCUGACGACAGGGAAAAUCUAUCAGUAUGUCAUCAAUAAAGAAAGGAAAGGAGACUAUCUGGGCAAAACUGUUCAAGUUGUGCCGCAUAUUACAGAUGCAAUCCAGGAGUGGGUCAUGAGGCAGGCUCGGAUCCCAGUCGAUGAAGAUGGCAUAGAGCCUCAAGUCUGCGUGAUUGAGCUUGGAGGAACGGUAGGAGACAUCGAAAGCAUGCCCUUUAUUGAGGCAUUCCGCCAGUUCCAGUUCAAAGUCAAGAGAGAGAACUUCUGCAAUAUUCAUGUUAGUCUGGUACCCCAGCCAAGUUCUACAGGAGAACAGAAGACGAAGCCCACCCAGAACAGUGUCCGUGAACUUCGGGGUCUUGGUCUUUCACCAGAUCUGAUUGUCUGCCGGUGCUCCACUCCUCUAGACACCUCAGUAAAAGAAAAGAUUUCCAUGUUUUGUCACGUAGAACCAGAGCAGGUAAUUUGCAUUCAUGAUGUAUCUUCCAUUUACCGAGUGCCUCUAUUACUAGAGGAGCAGGGGGUGGUUGAUUACUUUCGAAACCGACUCGACCUUCCUAUUGAGAGGCAGCCUAGGAGGAUGCUCAUGAAAUGGAAGGAGAUGGCGGACAGAUACGAUCGUUUAUUGGAGACCUGCUCAAUUGCUCUUGUUGGCAAAUACACCAAGUUCUCAGAUUCCUACGCUUCUGUCAUUAAAGCUUUGGAACACUCUGCCCUGGCUAUCAAUCACAAGCUUGAGAUCAAGUACAUUGAUUCUGCUGACUUGGAACCGGCUACACUGCAAGAAGAGCCUGUUCGAUACCAUGAGGCCUGGCAGAAACUCUGCAGUGCUGAUGGAGUCCUGGUUCCGGGUGGCUUUGGUGUUCGAGGGACAGAAGGGAAGAUACAAGCCAUUUCUUGGGCGAGAAAGCAGAAAAAGCCAUUCUUGGGGGUCUGUUUGGGAAUGCAGUUAGCAGUUGUGGAGUUUGCACGCAACAUCCUGGGUUGGCAAGAUGCCAACUCUACAGAAUUUGACCCCAAGACCACACAUCCAGUGGUAAUAGACAUGCCGGAACAUAAUCCUGGCCAAAUGGGUGGGACCAUGAGGCUUGGCAAGAGAAGAACAAUCUUCCAGACAAAGAAUUCAGUCAUGAGGAAACUGUAUGGCGACGGUGACUAUAUAGAAGAGAGGCACAGGCACAGAUUUGAGGUAAAUCCAGAGCUGAAGAACGUCUUUGAAGAAAAAGGUAUGAAGUUUGUGGGCCAGGAUGUCGAAGGAGAGCGAAUGGAGGUGGUUGAGCUGGAAGAGCAUCCAUUUUUCGUUGGUGUUCAGUUUCACCCAGAGUUCCUUUCCAGACCCAUCAAGCCGUCUCCCCCAUAUUUUGGCCUCCUUCUGGCGUCUUCAGGGAGACUCACACAUUACAUACAGAAAGGUUGCAGACUCUCCCCCAGGGAUACGUACAGUGACAGAAGUGGAAGCAGUUCACCGGACUCCGAGAUCACAGAAUUGAAGUUCACUGCAGUUAAUCACGAGUAAUCGCCGGGUAUAUUUGGCUAUGAGAAGACUCUUUUAUUGUGGACACGCCAGGCAUUCUCUCUGCAAUACCUGGGAUGCUCUCAUUGGUUGGAGUUCCUCAAAUCAUGCCAUCACAGUUUAAUUUCAAGGAAUCAUGUCACACUUAUAUUCUUUUAAUCUUCUUCAUACUUUUUCAUUUCUAGUUAAGCCUCUGAAGCUGAAAAUGCACGUUGCCUAGCACCCACAUGGUCUGUGGAUUUUGAAAUGAGAACUUCCCAGGACUGGGGUAGUUCUUGGAUUUCUGAAGAGGUCUGAGCUUUGCCAAGAAGAGAGAUUGGCAUUUUCUGGUCUCUUCUGCUGCAGGAGGCUUAAAUGGUGACGUUCCCUUCCUUAGAGGACUGCAGAAUGAAAAUCUGCCCUUAAUCCCAGCCCAAGUGAUGGAUUUAGGGCUUCAUUGCCACUCUGUUUUGUUCCAGGAGUCCCACUUUCUGCUUAGGAAACCUUGGUAUCAUUGCUCCUGAAUACGUCAUGUCAAGCUGCAAUUAUUGCAUUAAAAUUUGUAAAAAACAAACCAACCCCAUUUUAUAAAUUUGAGAUCCACUCCCUCUCUUUUAAAGUCCUUCCUGGACUUGAAAGAUCUCCUUGCAUCAAGGGGACUGUACAUGUGAGAAAGUGACUUCAACAGAAGAUGCCUUUGAGACUCUCAUUGAGAGAUCUGCCUUGGACAGGAUGGUCUGAGGUCCUUAUUUUUGUAAGGGAUGGCCCUCCUGUUCUUCCCCUGUUGUGCCAGGGGCCUUUUGGGAUGCCACAAAUGUUGCCAGUUUCUACAGCAAUACUUGCUCCACCUCCCCACCUCCCCCUCACACACACACAGAGGAAAGGGGUGUGGGAACAUCAAGAAACAAGUGUUCAUAAUCUCUUCUUUUGCCAAUGUAGCUCGUAAGCAGUGUUAACCACUAAGUUAUUGGGAACUUCUUUUGCUAUAUAAAUGUACCAUAUGUCCAUAUCCUUUUCCAUUCAUUAAAAUGUUGGGAAAACC